UACCACGAAGGGCCGGGGUGCUGUACUGGACUGUUGUUAUGUGAGAAAAAGAAGAAACAGGACUGAAAGGUAACGGGCGAAUCUAAGCAUACAGCAGCCUGAGGUUCCCAGAUCCUCCCCUGACACUAUGAGCCAUUUCCAGAUGCCCAAAUCCCUGGACGUGUGCAGUUGAUGUCUUGGUGGCUGGCCUGGAAAUGGCAGACAGCGUUAGGACCUUCCUCCGUGAUGUCGCGACGGGCAUUAAGGACUCCAUCCUGGGCAUCCGCACUAUCUCUAAACUGGAUGCCCGCAUCCAGCAGAAGAGGGAGGAGCAGCGGUUGAGGCGGGUCAGCGGGGCACUGGCGCAGAGACGGGCACAGAGCGAGGAACGCAAGCCGGAGAGUGAGCCCAAGUUAGCCAGUCGGAUCUUCCAGUGCUGCGCGUGGAAUGGUGGCGUGUUCUGGCUCAGUCUCUUCCUCUUUUACCGGGUGUUCAUCCCGCUGCUCCAGUCUCUCACGGAGAAAAUAAUCGGCGACCCCUCCCUGCAUGGGGACAUCUGGUCCUGGCUGGAGUUCAUCCUUAAGUCCGUGUUCAGUGCGCUGUGGGUGCUGCCCCUCUUUGUGCUCAGCAAGAUCGUCAACGCGAUUUGGUUCCAGGACAUCGCUGACAUGGCCUUUGAAGUGUCGGGGCGUAAAGUCCAACCGUUCCCAAGUGUGAGCAAGAUCAUCGCCGACAUGCUGUUCAACCUCUUGCUGGAGGCGCUCUUCCUUAUUCAGGGUGUGAUCGUCAGCCUUUUCCCCAUCGAUAUUAUCGGCCAGAUGGUCAGCCUUCUUCACAUGUCUCUGCUGUACUCCCUCUACUGCUUCGAAUACCGCUGGUUUAACAAUGGCAUCGAGAUGCACCAGCGACUGUCUAACAUCGAGAGGAACUGGCCCUAUUACUUUGGCUUUGGGAUGCCGAUGGCAUUGCUAACCGCGCUGCAGUCUUCCUACAUAAUCAGCGGAUGCCUGUUCUCCAUUCUGUUCCCCCUGUUCAUCAUCAGCGCUAAUGAGGCCAAGACUCCUGUCAAACCUUACCAUUUCCAGCUGCGCCUCUUCUCCCUGGUGGUGCUCAUUAGCAACAAGCUGUUCCACAAGACUGUGCACCUGCAGGCCACCCUAACAGCCUCUACCUCCUCGGACAGACUGCCCUCUCCUCAUGCCUCUCCUGCGAGGCAGCGCUCCCUGCCAGUUCAGUGAGCGCCACCAGGGGGAGACAGAGCAAACCACUUCACUGCACGGAGAGAGCAGGAAGAAACAUGUACAAAGUAUUCUGGCUUUCAAAGUGGAUUUCAUUUUUUUUUUUAUUUGUAUGUUAUGGGCUGGGUCAUACGAAGGGGUUUUGUUAAGUACUAUUCAAAACUCAGUACAAUAGUCAGUACUAUUCAAAUCAGGCUGAAUUAUAACGUGGGAAGUACAAUGACUGAGCUGCUUAGUCUCACACCUUUAUGUCGAACAGUUUUUAACUUACCUUUUGUUUUGUAUACGAGUUACGUGCCAUUGUUUUUCUUUAAGACGGUCACAAACCUGGUCGAACACCUUUUAGUUAGCCUUUUGCAAUUAUGUUCACUGUGUUCUGUAUUUUAAAUGAUUCUGUAAAUCACAACGUAACCAUGUAAAGAGUGAGAUAGAUUAGAUACAAUUAGUUGUAAGUAUAGGAAAUUAUUCUGUUUAAAAUCAGAAGAAACAUGCAACCUGUGAUAUGGUAAGUCAGUUGUUGCAGUAAUACUGAAUCGUGGGCUGUUUGAGAAUUAGAUAUCAGAUACGAUUUUAUGAUUUUUAUAUAUAUAUAUAUAUAUAUAUAUAUAUAUAAGGUGCUUAAUUUGUGCUUGAUAUGAGAUUACCACAAGCUGUGUCUUUUAAUGGAUGUUUGGAGAUUUGAAAGUUCAGCAGGUCUUGUGUCGUCAUUGGUUCUGCCUCCUGCCCUCUUUGUUCGACAGGUAAAGCUUCGCCGUGUUUUCAGGACGUUGUUGAUCUCGGUGGACUUACACCGCCGGAGCGUGUAACCCAGGGAAAGGGAUCCUUUUAUCUUUUUCCCUGUUGCGUUUUGGACGAUUCUUCAGUUUGUCAGCCAGGGAGCUGACAGGAAUUUGCCAGAAGACUUGGUCAGAAUAGCUGUUUUUAUAGGGAAUGUGGUUUGAUUGGCCUCUUGUAUAGGGAAAUAUUUCAAGUCUCUUUCUUCAGUUUGAGCCUUUUGUAGAUGGCUGUACACUUAUAUGUCAAGGGCUGAAACAUCUGGGAUGUGCUCAAGCAUUCAAGCAGAAACAGAAUCAGAUUAAUUUUCAGUGGCAAGGGUACAAAAUCUUCUGAUGCCCUGUGUUUUUGUUAUGGUUUGCCAUGCAAAAACAUUUUUUCCCCCAUACUGGUUACUAUAUGCUCCUUUGACUCUUUUGCUUCUGGACUUUUAUCUAAAGGAAACAUUGUCCAUCUGCACAGCUGUGUCGAUCCUCGCAGUCGUUAAGCCUGACAGGUUUUGGCAAAGCGUAGCUUGGAGGUGUACUUCAGCCAGCAUUAACAGGCCGCUUCACAGGUUUUGCCGAGCUUUAUGUUCGAGUCGACCUUCCAGCACCCCUUAAAGUGCAGAAAACCUGUGCUAUGCUACAGAUGUGGCUGGUUUAGCUGUCGUCGCAGCUACCGGAUUGACGGUGGCAUACUGACUUAUCUCUGAGUUGCAUUCCUGACGUGAAUAAUGCAGCGCUAGAGUGCACAUUCAUUUUAGACAGUCCACAAGAUGGCUGUGUCGUUUCCAUAACUGCGAAAAGCUUAAAACGGUGGUAAAUGUUACAGGAAAUGUGUGUGUGCGUGUGUUUGCGCGCGUGUCUUAUGUUCGUGUAUUACACCUGGACAUGAGGAGAUGGGGUGUCUAACUAAGGUAUUUAAUGAUUGUAAGUAGUACGUACAGUGCUAAGUUUGCGGAUUUAAUUAUUGUGAAUUUUUUGUAAAUGUGUCAUGCAUUUCAAUAAAAUUCAUCUGAAUAUUA